AUGGACAAGACCAUGGAUUUGAAAUGUCGAAGUGACAUAAGUUCCAACGAGGGUUUCGAGUCCGUGAAGAAGGUCGCGCUGCUAACAUUCCUCUCAGUGGUUAUCCUGAUGGCCAUCCUGGGCAACCUGCUGGUGAUGGUGGCUGUGUGCAGGGACAGGCAGCUCAGGAAAAUAAAAACCAAUUAUUUCAUUGUGUCUCUUGCCUUUGCCGAUCUGCUGGUUUCGGUGCUGGUGAUGCCCUUUGGUGCCAUUGAGCUGGUUCAAGACAUCUUGAUUUAUGAGGAUACAUUUUGCCUGGUCCGGACCUCUCUGGAUGUCCUACUCACUACAGCCUCGAUUUUUCAUCUGUGCUGCAUUUCACUGGAUAGGUAUUAUGCCAUCUGCUGCCAACCUUUGGUUUAUAGAAGCAAGAUGACCCCUGUCCGCAUCGCACUAAUGUUGGGAGGCUGCUGGUCCAUUCCCAUGUUUAUAUCUUUUCUCCCCAUCAUGCAAGGCUGGAACAAAAUUGGCAUCGAUGAUGUGAUAAAGAAAAGGGAACUCAACCACAACUCUAACUCUACAUUCUGUGUCUUCAUGGUCAACAAGCCCUACGCCAUCACCUGCUCCGUGGUGGCCUUCUACAUCCCGUUUCUCCUCAUGGUGCUGGCCUAUUACCGCAUCUAUGUCACUGCGAAGGAGCAUGCCCAGCAGAUCCAGAUGUUACAACGAGCAGGAACCACCCCUGAAAGCAGACCCCAGCCAGCUGACCAGCACAGCACACAUCGCAUGCGGACAGAGACCAAGGCAGCCAAGACUUUAUGCAUCAUCAUGGGCUGCUUCUGUUUCUGCUGGGCUCCCUUCUUUGUCACCAAUGUUGUGGACCCUUUCAUAGACUACACUGUCCCUGAGCAGGUGUGGACUGCUUUCCUCUGGCUUGGCUAUAUCAAUUCAGGGUUGAACCCUUUUCUCUAUGCCUUCUUAAAUAAGUCUUUUAGACGUGCCUUCCUCGUCAUCCUCUGCUGUGAUGAUGAACGCUACAGAAGACCCUCCAUUCUGGGCCAGACUGUCCCAUGUUCAACCACAACCAUUAAUGGAUCCACACAUGUGCUAAGGGAUGCAGUGGAAUGUGGUGGCCCGUGGGAGAGUCGGUGCCCCCUCACAGCAACUUCUCCUUUGGUGGCUGCUCAGCCCAGUGAUACUUAG